AUGGCGGACAGAAGACGCAUCAAUGGGCCUGGGGGAACCACUGUACCUCCCCUCUACGAAGACGACCCAUUACCUCUCCCAACCCGGUUGAGAUUGCCCAACAGUGUUCGGCCAGUCUAUCUCAAAACUGGAGUGACGCCAUCUGCAUCUGGCUCAGCCUAUCUUGAAGUCGAAUCUAGGAAUGGCGCUCCCACCACCGGCAUGAAGCUCUCAUGUACCGUCCAUGGUCCAAGGUCUUUGCCACGCUCGGCGCCCUUUUCACCCCAUAUGGUCCUUACUACUCAUGUUAAGUACGCUCCAUUUGCUACGAAGAGUCGGAGAGGAUAUCUACGAGAUGCUAGUGAACGGGACUUGAGCACGCAUCUUGAGACAGCCCUGCGAGGCGUCUUGAUUGCAGAUCGUUGGCCAAAGAGUGGAGUGGAUGUUGUCGUCACCAUUAUUGAAGGUGAAGAGGCUCGCCAGUUUGCCGUGGACCAGGGAAGUGAGGAAUGGGAUAUGAUGAACGUCCUCAGCGCCUGUAUCACAGUGGCUGCCGCUGCCGUUGCUGAUGCGGGUAUCGAUUGUGUCGACACUGUCUCGGGUGGUGUUGCUGCCCUCGUCUCCAUUACGGAUGAUGGGAAGUCUGAGAUUGUUCUCGACCCAGUUGCGACGGAACACAAUGAGAUCCUCGCAGCCUGCUGCGUUGCAUAUCUCCCCAACCGGGAUGAAAUCACCAACCUAUGGCUGAAAGGUGAGGUAUCAUCAACCGAUCCUAGCCUGUAUCGCAAUUUAAUAGCACGUGCUGUAUAUGCCAGCAAAGGAACGAACCAGGCAAUUGUUGGGUCUCUUAACGAGGCGGUCACUGGAGUUUGA